CUCCUUCCUGUAGUAACAGCCGCCGCCACCGCCUCCGCCGCCGCCAGGAGCCCGGGCCGGGAGCGAGCGUCAGCCCCGUAGCCGGACGGCUCUGCGCGACCAGGUGAACGGACAUGGCGGGCUGGAUCCAAGCCCAACAGCUGCAGGGAGAUGCGCUUCGCCAGAUGCAGGUGCUGUAUGGGCAGCACUUCCCCAUCGAGGUCCGGCAUUACUUAGCGCAGUGGAUCGAGAGCCAGCCGUGGGAUGCCAUCGACCUGGACAAUCCCCAGGACCGACCCCAGGCCACCCAGCUCCUGGAGGGGCUGGUGCAGGAGCUGCAGAAGAAGGCAGAGCACCAAGUGGGGGAAGAUGGGUUCUUACUGAAGAUCAAGCUGGGGCACUACGCCACGCAGCUCCAGAACACGUAUGACCGUUGCCCCAUGGAAUUGGUGCGCUGCAUCCGCCAUAUUCUGUACAAUGAACAAAGGCUGGUCCGAGAAGCCAACAAUGGUAGUUCUUCUUCUGGGAUCCUGGUUGAUGCCAUGUCCCAGAAACACCUUCAGAUCAACCAGACACUUGAGGAGCUGCGACUGGUCACACAGGACACAGAGAAUGAGCUGAAGAAGCUGCAGCAGACUCAAGAGUACUUCAUCAUCCAAUAUCAAGAGAGCCUGAGGAUCCAGGCUCAGUUUUCCCAGCUGGCCCAGCUGAACCCCCAGGAGCGUCUGAGCCGGGAGACGGCCCUCCAGCAGAAGCAGGUGUCCCUGGAGGCCUGGCUGCAGCGCGAGGCCCAGACGCUGCAGCAGUACCGCGUGGAGCUGGCCGAGAAGCACCAGAAGACCCUGCAGCUGCUGCGGAAGCAGCAGACCAUCAUUCUGGAUGACGAGCUGAUCCAGUGGAAGCGGCGGCAGCAGCUGGCGGGGAACGGAGGGCCCCCCGAGGGCAGCCUGGACGUGCUACAAUCCUGGUCUUAUUUCACCAGUGGUCUGGUUCCUGCUGCAGGCUUUGGUGCCCCCGUCCUGUGCCACCUUCCCCGGGAGGGGCGUCCCUGGGUGAGGGAGUGCGAUACUUACCUAAAUAUUUCAUCACGGGAGGAAAUCAUCGAGAAGCAGCCCCCUCAGGUCCUGAAGACCCAGACCAAGUUCGCAGCCACCGUGCGCCUGCUGGUGGGCGGGAAGCUGAACGUGCACAUGAACCCCCCCCAGGUGAAGGCCACCAUCAUCAGUGAGCAGCAGGCCAAGUCGCUGCUCAAGAACGAGAACACCCGCAAUGAGUGCAGCGGGGAGAUCUUGAACAACUGUUGUGUGAUGGAGUAUCACCAGGCCACAGGCACCCUCAGCGCUCACUUCAGGAACAUGUCGCUAAAGAGGAUCAAGCGCGCUGACCGGCGAGGCGCAGAGUCCGUGACGGAGGAGAAGUUCACGGUCCUGUUUGAGUCUCAGUUCAGCGUUGGCAGCAAUGAGCUUGUGUUCCAGGUGAAGACCCUCUCCCUUCCUGUGGUUGUCAUCGUUCACGGCAGCCAGGACCACAAUGCUACUGCCACCGUGCUAUGGGACAAUGCCUUUGCUGAGCCGGGCAGGGUGCCGUUUGCGGUGCCUGACAAAGUCCUGUGGCCGCAGCUGUGCGAGGCGCUCAACAUGAAAUUCAAGGCCGAAGUGCAGAGCAACCGGGGCCUGACCAAGGAGAACCUCGUGUUCCUGGCGCAGAAGCUGUUCAACAGCAGUAGCAGCCACCUCGAGGACUACAACGGCAUGUCCGUGUCCUGGUCCCAGUUCAACAGGGAGAACUUGCCAGGCUGGAACUACACCUUCUGGCAGUGGUUCGAUGGGGUCAUGGAGGUGCUGAAGAAACAUCACAAGCCCCAUUGGAAUGACGGGGCCAUCCUAGGUUUUGUGAAUAAGCAACAGGCCCACGACCUGCUCAUCAACAAGCCCGACGGCACCUUCCUGUUGCGCUUUAGCGACUCAGAAAUAGGGGGCAUCACCAUCGCCUGGAAGUUUGACUCUCCUGACCGUAACCUGUGGAAUCUGAAGCCGUUCACCACGCGGGAUUUCUCCAUCCGGUCCCUGGCCGACCGGCUGGGGGACCUGAGCUAUCUCAUCUACGUGUUUCCCGACCGGCCCAAGGAUGAGGUCUUCUCCAAGUACUAUACUCCUGUGCUCGCUAAAGCAGUGGACGGAUACGUGAAGCCACAGAUCAAGCAAGUGGUCCCUGAGUUUGUGAGCGCCUCUGCGGACUCUGCCGGGGGCAGCGCCACCUACAUGGACCAGGCCCCCUCCCCAGCCGUGUGCCCCCAGGCUCAUUAUAACAUGUACCCACAGAACCCCGACCCCGUCCUCGACCAGGAUGGAGAAUUCGACCUGGAUGAGACCAUGGAUGUGGCCCGGCACGUGGAGGAACUCUUACGCCGCCCUAUGGACAGUCUGGACCCCCGCCUCUCCCCGCCUACUGGUCUCUUCACCUCUGCCAGAGGCUCGCUCUCGUGAAUGUUUGUUUGAACCCUGCACUUCUCUUUGGAAACGUGCCGGGUUCAUAUUCAUUGUGAUUUUGUUUCUGUAUCGCUGUGCAUAUUGAUGCCUUUGCA